AGAGAGCAGUGGAGCCUAAACCUGAGCCCUACAUACACCUCUACACACACUCAAACAAACACAGAGAGGAGAGGGAGAGCAGCCUGUCCUCCCAUCAACCCACCAUGAGUAGCAUCGGAUAUGACCCCUACUACACCGCCUCGCCGUACAGGCGUUGGUAUGCCGAGGCUCCCCCUCGUGCGGCGGUAACAAGAGGGAGGACGCACUCGGUCUACUCCUCCCAUGCUUCCCCAGUGUCCUCCUCCCGUGUGCAGUACUCCUCUCCCGGACGGAUGCUGCUCUCCUCCUCCUCCAGAGCCUCCUCUGUGGAGCUGGAACUCAGCCAGGCCGCCCAGAUCAGCUCAGAGUUCCGCACUGUACGCACCAAAGAGCGUGGCCAGCUGCAGGACCUCAACGACCGCUUUGCCGGCUUCAUUGAGAGAGUGCGUGAGCUGGAGCAGCAGAACCGUGCACUGGAGGCAGAGCUGCUGCUGCUGAGGCAGAAGCACAACGAGCCGUCCCGCCUGAGAGCGCUUUAUGAGCAAGAGGCCCGGUCCCUGAGGGCCGCCGUGGACGAGGCCAGGGCAGAACAACAGGCCGUCCUGGGACAGAGGGAGCGGCUGGAGCAAACCCUGAGCGCCUUGCAGAGUCAAUAUGAAGAGGAGAUGAUGGGUCGAGAAGAGGCUGAGGGCAGGCUGAUGGACACCCGCCGUGAGGCCGACCAGGCUGCCUUGUCUAAGGCCGAAAUGGAGAAGAGAGUCGAUAGUCUGCUGCAGGAGCUGGCCUUCCUCAAGAGGAUUAAUGAAGGGGAGGUGGUUGAGCUCCAGGCCCAGGUCCAGAUGAGCGUUCAGGUGGCAGUAGAGUCUGAGGCCGCCACUCCAGACCUCUCCGGGGCUCUCAGGGAGAUCCGGUCCCAGUAUGAAAGGCUGGCAGCGAGGAACAUGCAGACAGCCGAGGAGUGGUUCAGAGGCAAGGUGGGCUCCAUGACCGAGACCGUGGCCCAGCACAGCGACACCAUGAGAAGCUCCAAGGAUGAAGCGGGAGAGUACCGCCGCCAGCUCCAGGCCCGCGUGCUGGAGAUCGAUGCCUGCAGAGGCCUCAACGAUUCCCUGGAGAAGCAGCUGCACGAGACGCAGGAGAAGCAGAGCGCCGAGAUAGAUGCCAUGCAUGAGACCAUUGCAGAGUUGGAGAGUGAGCAGAGGGGAACCAAACAGGAGAUGGCACGCUACAUGAAGGAUUACCAGGACCUGCUGAAUGUCAAGAUGGCUCUCGACAUUGAGAUUGCUGCAUACAGAAAGCUUCUGGAAGGGGAAGAGUCUCGCUUCAGUGGGGGUGUGUCCUCUCUGUACAGCCACAGUUUCUCAACGCCCACGUUCACCCGGCCCCUCCUCUCCAGCAUGAGCUCCGGCACCUCCUACAUGAUGUCAUCACGCCUGUUCAGCUCCAGCCUCAGCACCACCGAGGGAACCAUCUCCGCCAGCCACGCCCAGCAAGCAGAGGCCAGCCCUCCUGGGGAAGAAGAAGAGGAGGAGGCAGAAGAGGUGAAGGAGGAAGAGGAGGAGGAGAAGGCAGAAGAGGGAGGAGAAGAGACAGAGGAGACAAAGGAGGAAGAAGAGAAGGAGGAUGAAGAGGGAGGAGAGGAGGAGGGAGAUAAGGAGAAAGAAGAUGAAGAGGCUAAGGGAGAUGAAAAGGCAGAGGAGGCAGAAGAGGGUGGUGAUGAAGAAGAGCAAAAGGAAGAGGUGACAGAGGCAGCUGAAGACGACGGGGAAAAAGAGGACAAGGAAGAAGGACAGGAAGCAGAGGUCAAAGAGGAAGCACAAGAGGAGGUAAAAACAGAAGCAGAGGACAAAGAUGAGGACGCAAAAGAAGAAGAGAAAGACAAGAAGGAAGAGGUGAAGAAAAGUGAAGAGAAGGAAGAGGUGAAGAAAAGUGAAGAGAAGGAAGAGGUGAAGAAAAGUGAAGAGAAGGAAGAUAAAGGCGACGCAAAGAAAGACGACAAAGCCGACGACAAAGAUGACAAAGCUGCUCCGAAAAUAGACGACAAACCUGACGCCAAAAAGGAGAAAGAGGCCAAAUCCGAAGCUGCAGAAGAAAAGAGCACAAAGGGUAAAAAGUAAGCCAGUAGCCUCAGCAAACUUCAAUCAAGACUGUCCUUUAGCUUGAUAACCAGUAGAGGCAUUCAUGCUAUGCCCUCCAGUCUGCUUUUGGUGCUCAAUAAAACAGUCUGAUAGCCAUUUACAGCAACAAAUCAAGAUAAACUGCUUGCCAAAAUCCAGUGUAUUCCAUAAUGGUCUGUGUUGCACACUUCCUGAUGAGUGUAAAAUGUGUAAUUGCUGAAUGCAAAAGUGAUCGUGUGAGUUUUUGGUGCUUAAAUAAACACCUCUUAAAGCUA